UCUGACGUUCUCUCUCUCUCUCUCUCAAUUUAGCUCUUUGAUCAAAGAAAACAUACAAAAAGAGUGAAAGUACAAUUUUUACAAAAAAAUAUAUUUUUGUCUCAAUCAAGAACUGGUGGUGGAGAAACCUGUGUGCUUCAGCCUCAGCCACCAUUUUUUCCGCCUCCCAAAUCUUUUUGCAAUAAUCUUAGCUUUCUCUUCAAGAGAUAAGGUGAUAGAAAAUAUAUAGUAGUAGUUGCUUUUAUAUAUAGAAGAAAAGAAAGAAAAGAAAAAUGAUUUAUGAUAUAUAGAACCUUUACAUUCUCGUUUGCAUAUUUUUCAGUCAUUCUUUUGAAACCCUAUUGUUUCUAGCUCAUCUUUUUCUUUCCUCUUCAGGAAUAAAAAGGUGUUUGUUUUUCAUCCCCUUUUUCAUCUGCUCUUACUUUCCUUUGGGAUCUGAUCAUUUUAUGAGGACCAUUAUAAGGUUUUAUGAGAGUUAGAGUUAUUCAAUUCCCGAGGUAUAAAGAUAUAAAAACCUCUCAAACAUUUGCUUCUCUUUUUGUCUGCUUCAAUGUAUUUAUUCAAAAGUUUAAAGAGAGAGUGAGAGGCAGAAACAACCAUUUUCCUUUAUAGUAACUUUGAUUAUAUUGAUCUGAAAUCUGAAUAGAAGAGUUGAAAGAAUCAGAUCAAGGGAAGAACAACUCUAGAGGAUCAUUAUAAAGGUCUUGAUUUGUGGAGGAAAGACAUGAAUUCGUUUACACAUGUUCCUCCAGGUUUUAGAUUCCACCCCACAGAUGAAGAAUUAGUUGAUUAUUACCUCAGGAAAAAGAUUGCUUCAAAAAGAAUCGACCUUGAUGUCAUUAAGGAAAUUGACCUUUAUAAAAUCGAGCCAUGGGAUCUUCAAGAAUUGUGCAAGAUAGGAACAGAGGAGCAAAGUGAUUGGUACUUCUUUAGUCAUAAAGACAAGAAAUAUCCAACUGGAACUCGCACAAAUAGAGCUACAAAAGCAGGAUUUUGGAAAGCUACUGGAAGAGAUAAGGCUAUUUAUCGUAAGCACAUUUUGAUUGGAAUGAGAAAAACCUUAGUGUUUUAUAAAGGUAGAGCACCAAAUGGACAAAAGUCCGAUUGGAUUAUGCAUGAGUACAGACUUGAAACAAAUGAGAAUGGCACUACUCAGGAAGAAGGUUGGGCAGUGUGUAGAGUAUUCAAGAAAAAGUUAGCAUCAACAAUGAGGAGAGAAGGAGAGCACGAGUCGCUAUGUUGGUAUAACGAUGACCAAGUUUCUAAUUUCAUGCCAGAUUUCGAAUCUCCACGUCGUUUUCCAAAUCCAUAUUCUGCAACUGCAUACCACAAUCCUCAGUUUGCUUACACCAAUAAUAUGCAGCACCCUCCUAAUAAUGCAUUUCUCCAACUUCCUCAAUUAGGGUCACCAAAAGUUCCUCAAUCCUAUGGAAGCAAUAUGAAUCAAAUGGUACAAUCAAACUCAAUUUAUAAUAACAACAACAACAGCAAUUAUGAUCAUCAAGCAGUGGAUCAAGUGACCGAUUGGCGAGUACUCGAUAAGUUUGUUGCAUCUCAACUUAGUCAAGAAGAUGGUUGCAGCAAAAUGGAGACAACUGCUGCCUGCUGUAGCUCUCCUGCUUCUGAACAAAUGAAUCUGCAGCUUCAAAAUGAAUUUAAGAUUCAAGAAAUGGCUUCAGAACUUGCCUCAAGUUCCCAAGUUGAUCUCUGGAAGUAAUGCUACAUUAUAAAUAUAUGCUAAAUCAUAGAAAAUAUAUGUUGAUUGGACUUAAUAUACUUAAUUGCCUCAGUUUCUGUACAUAAUAUAACUCAAAUGUGAUGUAUUAGUGGUCGGCAUCCUGCUAAAAGUAAUUUGUAUGUUCUAUACGAGGCAACCAGUAUUUAAAGAAAAAAAGAAGGGAAAAAAAAAACUAAAGAGGACUUCUAAUACGUAUAUAAAUUUGUAUUUUGAAGGCAAAAGUAAGAUGUCGUCCCUCUCCUGUCAUUUAUGGGA